GUGCCACGCUGGGACCGCCCCGCCGUAGUUGUGUCGUGAUUGCGCCUCAGAUAAGUCUUCGGGAGCGAGUUUGCGUGUUUGUGCGUUUUCGGAAGGUCGGGCGGAUAUGUGGCUUGUGACAGUGCGAGGAUAUACGAGGGAGUUGUAGUCGGUCCGAAGAGAUUAGGAGAGAGACACGCGUUUGUGGUUGAGAAUCAAGAUGUUGAAACACGUCGGGCAUCACAGGACGUCCUCCGCGACGAUAAAGUCCCCUUGCUCGCUCCCCCCCGAGGAGAGGUCCCCCUUCAAGUCCCCCUCUUUCGCAAGCGCUCACGAAGACAGCUUCACGUGCAACAGGACGAGGUGUGGAGCCGAAAGUACGCCCUCGGGAUCGCCUCCUUGUUCCAGGAUGCUUUAUUCCAAGGAUAACCUGUCGAGCGGAACUCCUUCGAGAGAGAGUUCGCCCUCGAGCUCCCCGUCGUUUUCUCGACUUCGGGUUUUGGAUGCUGCGUCGAGGUCUUCCUCUCACUUAGGGACGCAGGCUAUUGGCAAUCACUCGUCCUCGAAAUCAGUUUCUUGUACUAGGAUUCAAUUUUCCGUGAAUUCGUCACCCUCGAGGACCAAUUCUAGGAUCCAGCUACCGCCUGAAGACUCGCCCUCAAAGGACUCAUCCUGCUCAAGGGCCAAACAUCCCAGUAAUCCUUCGGCCGCGAGUUCUCCCUCCCAGUCACCCGUACCAAGCCUUGUUCAUCCUUCGAGGGACAGUCCAAAGGAUCUCGAUGAUGAAGUAAAACACCAGAGGGACUCUUCUCCCUCCGAGAGUAAGGGACACGAGGAUUCGUCAAGUCUGAGAACACAGUCUCCCGUAGAAAACUCACCCUCGGAGGUCCCGUCCAGAGAAACCACGACCUCUACCUUGAGACCCCAACCUUCCAGCACCCCACCCUCAGCCCCCAAGAGUCCAGCCGCGGAGAAAACGCCCUUGAGAGCAGGGACGCACUCGUGCUGCAUUUCCUCGGUGUGCUUCAGAUGGCGUCGAAGUCCCCAGGAGAUGGACGCCCCAUCACCGGAGCCCGCGAGAAAGCCCGUCGCCCCUGGCACAGCUGAGACCGAUUCGACGUCGGCGGCCACCUCGAGCUCAGAAGACCCUCAGUGUGCCGAGACUUUUGCUCUGUACGACGAGGCGGUUGAGAGGCCGAUGACCCUCCCGCGGCGAGCUCACAGGAACUCCGUCGGGAAGGCGUCGAAAGCGCGGCUGCUGAACAAGUCUUAUUGCAAUCUCCACACACCUUGCAAGCUGUCUGCGUCGCGGGAACAGACAAUGAGUCCCGUGAAGGUGUACAUGCGGAACAUGAAGCCCGACAUCAAGUACACGACCAUGAAUCUGUCGUCCUCGACGACGUGCCGCGAGCUGGUGGUCAUGCUCCUGGCCAAGUUCCGUCUGCGACACCGCGACCCCAACCUGUUCUACGUCAGGAUGGAGGUCGUGGUUCGAAGUCCCGGCGGAGACGCUCCCGCUCGACGACUCCUGGUGCUGGACGACCACGCGUGUCCGGCGGAGCUGCAGCAGUGCCGUCCGCGCGGGGAGGCUCGCUUCAGCGUGGGCGUGCGGCGCGGCGGGCUGCUGCGCGUGCACGACUCCAUCCUCAUGCCCGGGUCGCAGUACAAGUCGCUGCUGGUGUCGUACCGCACGACGGCGGAGGAGCUGGUGCAGCUGCUCCUCAACUGCUACAGCAGCAAGGAGAACCCCAAGAACUACGCGGUGCACGAGGUCAACAAGAACCCGUACAGCGACCGGCUGCUCGAUCCCGACGAGUUCCCGCUGCUGGCGCAGAGCGAGUGGCCGCGGGCCUCCCGCCACAACUACGCCUUCGUCCUGCGCAGAAACAUGUCACGCAACGUCUUCCUCAGAGCGAAGACGACGUGGAGACACAGCCUAGCCCAGUCAAGCACAGACACAGAGUCCGACCCCGAAGACCACGGCGCCAUUAGCGUCAUGAACUCUUUCCAAAACAUGCUCAAGAGAACCGCUAUUUCCGACCCCUUAAGCGUGUUGACGGGGCCAUCGGGAGACCUAUAUUCUCCUUCUUCGUCCUUCAUGCUGUCCAGAAGUCCCUCCGACUCGGGAUUCUCCUCGCCGUCGUCGUCUAGAUCGUCCACGUCGUCAGACACGCCUACGCCUCCUUCGUCUCCGCCACGCCCCUGUACGCCCUGCCCGUCGCACGUCCUCACCCUCUCCCUAGAACCCAGCUUGACGUUCUCGACCAAAGUAUCCCCAGAACCCAACGCUGACGCCGACCUACGGGUUAUAGUUUCACCGUCGGAGACAAAUGUACUUUCGUGUACUUCUCAACCUUGCGAGGACCUGCAUGUCGCACCAAGGCACUCGCCGACAAAGGAGAGUGCUUCAUGUGAUAUUGUCUCCAUUUCUUCAACGAAAGGGACGUAUAUAACAAUCCCAGACGCAAAGGCAUCCACGUCACAGCCACACGAGUCUUUAAGAAGCCUAGACAAACAGUAUACUAGUGACGAGAGCUCCUUCUACAUAUAAAUCCUUCACAUUAAAAUGCUUCCUGUGAGGAACGGAACACUGGAACUGUUUGUACGUAAAACAUACUUUAGAGUACGAAAUCACUUUGGGCUCGCGUUUCAUUGUGAUUCGAAGCUUCAUUUGAUCUGAAUUUCGAAAUUCUAAAACGCUUUUAGGUCUGAAAUAAUUCAGAUCUAAAACCCUAUAAAAGAAGAAAGAAGAAUUCAUUCAGGGUUUGCGUUUCAUUAGAUUUGAAUCUUCGGUUCAAUUUAGGUCUUCGAACUCGUGUUCUGUUUCUUCGCGUGCGUUACAAGUGUCCCAAGGUGCUAAAGAACGUUUUAUUCGUCUAGUCUUAACACAGUCGUUCCCCGGAGUGGCUAGUUCACUGGGCAUCACGAAGCCGUUUUCCGGGUCGUAGAUGGUCAUUAAUUAUAUUAGCAGCCAUAGAAUGUAAAUAGAUUUGUAAAUGCUCAAUUUCGGCAGAUUUUAUUGUUAAUUAGAAACGCUUACGACAGAGAAUGCACAAUACCACUUCAUCAGAAAAGGAAUGUUAAAAAGGUAAACAUUUCAAAAGAAUUAUACUGUCUCAGUUAUAGUGUCUUAAUUAUACUCAGAGAAAAAAAAACUUAAUAGUCAGUAUCUUAGUCAUAAUAAUCUUUCAUGAAAAAUAGUUUCCUGUUUUAUAGAGACAUAGUUGUUGAGGAUUUAUAUUCCGAUGUUACUUCAUUUGACAUUAUGUCCUGCACAAACUCGACUGUUUUUUUAUAUAUAAAUAUGUACAUAGACAAUGGAAAAAAUAAUAAGAUUAAAAUGUUAGGAAUUUACACAAAAUAUUGACGUGCCAAAGAUACAAGUUGUAUUAUUUUCCAAUAAAGAAUGGACAUAUA